GGUUGGUCCAACUAAAAAGGCGAUUCCCAUAGCUGUCAGCAAUCGACGGACGCAGUGGCACCAGCAGGAAAGCUCCAGAUUGCCGGCUCUGCAGUGAGAAGUCCAGGAGCAGCCUUUUCUUCAUAGUACAGACAUGGUGAAGAUCACCUUCCACAACGUCGCAGGGCAAAAGCCCGACAAGGAGAACGAGGGAGACAAAGCGGAGAUUCUGGUUCCAUACCCCCACGAUGAACUUACACUCCCACUUCGCUCCAAGAGAUCCUUCGUGAACAGCCUUUGCUGUCUGAUUUUCGGCCUGGUGGUCUUCCUGUGUGGUGUAGUGCUGGCAUCUGUUUACCUGUACAAGUACUGCUUUGCAGCGCAGGAGCAGCUUCCCGAGGAGAACCUUUUCCACUGUCGUGUGCUCUACGAAGACUCCAUCUACGCCCCCCUACGUGGGCGCCAGGAGCUGGAGGAGAAUGUGGGCGUUUACCUCGAGGAGAACUACGAGCAAAUCAGUGUGCCUGUGCCGCAGUUCGCUGGGAGUGAUCCUGCUGACAUCAUCCAUGACUUCCAAAGGGGUCUAACUGCCUACCAUGACCUUGCUCUGGACAAGUGCUACAUCAUCGAGCUUAACACCUCGGUGGUCCUCCCCCCACGGAACCUGUGGGACCUCCUGAUGAACAUGAGGAGGGGAAGCUACCUGCCCCAAACCUACCUAGUCAGGGAGGAGAUGGUGGUGGCAGGCAGAGUGAGGAACCUCCGGUCACUGGGAAUGUUUAUCCACCGGCUGUGCGGCGGCAAGGAGACCUUCCGACUACGACGACGCCACCCACGGAGACGUAUCGAGAAGCGCGAUGCGCUGAACUGCCAUAGCAUCCGUCACUUCGACAGCACCUUUGUGGUCGAGACGGUCAUCUGCGAUUCAGCCUAAAAUCCAGAGACUCGGUUCAGUUCAUCCACCAAGAACCGGGUUCCGUGCGUGUUGCAGUUGCACUUUACAGCCCUUUGUACUGGAUGCUGUCUGAGACCAUUUAAAUGUCCCUCAUUCUUAUUUAUUAAUUCCCUGUCGUCUCUUAUUUUUGUUGAAAUUAUGUGUGUAUUGUAGGAUUUUUCAGUUAUUCCUCUAAGAGUAAAUGUUUUUUUUUUUGUCGUCUUAUUAUUUAUAACUUUGCUUUUUGCUGUCGGUCGACAAAAUGAAUGGGCGAUUCUGUUACUUAUACCAAACAUGUCCUGGUAAUUUCCAUUCCAGUCCUCACUCCUGGGAACUGUAGCGUUAAAUAUUUCUUAAUCCAGUAACAAGAAAUAUGCAGUGUUGGGUAGGAAUUAUGCUGCUUUCUGUGAGAACAUGUUCUGUCUAUUCUGUAUGUUAAAAUAGUAAAUACAGAUUGUACAUGAUAAUGCUGUAUUUAUUAUAUAAAUGAUUUGUAUGAAAAAUACUUCCAUGCAUCCGCACUACAUCUAUGUUAAAUAAGCGUUUGGCAUGUCAUGUAAAUGGUCGUCUUUAUUUUUAAAGCAUACGUCAGAUUUGAUCUAUGGAGUUUUGUUCAACUAAUACUUUUGUCUGUGAUUAAUUUAUAAAAGUUUCAUUAUUUGGUUUUUAAAAUGCCUUCAUCUUCGUCUUCUUCUUUUUUUUUUUUUUUAAUUAUUCACAUUUUGUGCAGUUAGACUGUCACCCAGGAACUUUGACUCCUGGAUUAGGCGUUGAUGGAGUUGGCUAUAAUUUGCGAUCUGGAUUGUGUAAUUAAUUUUAGAAAUUUAGUUUUGGGUGUCCCAGAAAACCUCAUUAGCCUGAGCUUCCCCCAGUGUGGAUUAAACGCUAUUUCUAGUGUCUGAUCUGUUCUGUAAGUUCUGGGUCGCAGUAGAGAUGGGAACUGUAAUUCACACAAAAUGGUCUUUUUUGUUCUUUUCUCAUUCUGCAUGUCUGUUACCCAGAAUUUCAAUCUCUAAAAAAAAUAACAUUUUGUAAAACUAUUUAAAAAAGACUUGACUUAGAAUCUGCUACAUUCAAAAAAAGUUAUUGGUCGAUUUGACCACUCUGAAUAUAACUGAUUCUAAUGUACAUUCACUAAUCACACCCUUUCUUUUACUCUGUUUCCAAAGCCUCUUUAUGAAUCAAUAAACAUGUGAAUCUAAAGUGU